CUCCUUGCAGUCGGUCUUGAUGCCGCUGGUAAAACAACAAUUCUGUACAAGCUGAAGCUCGGAGAGAUUGUCACAACCAUCCCAACGAUUGGUUUCAAUGUGGAAACGGUAGAAUACAAAAAUAUCUGUUUCACUGUCUGGGAUGUUGGUGGUCAGGAUAAAAUCCGACCCCUAUGGAGGCAUUACUUCCAGAAUACACAGGGCCUCAUUUUUGUUGUAGAUAGUAAUGACAGAGAGCGAAUCCAGGAAGCAUCGGAAGAGUUACUGAAAAUGCUUUCGGAAGACGAGCUGAGAGAGGCAGUGUUGUUGGUGUUUGCAAACAAACAAGAUUUGCCCAAUGCCAUGGCCAUCAGUGAGAUGACUGACAAGCUGACACUUCAGACACUCCGUAACAGGAUUUGGUACGUGCAAGCAACAUGUGCAACUCAGGGCACGGGUCUCUAUGAAGGACUGGACUGGCUAUCUAAUGAGCUUUCCAAGCGUUAA